AAAAAAAAAGCCUUAGGAGCAGCUUUAUGAGGCCUCGUAACAGAGCAGCUCCCCCGUCUGUCAUUCAGGAUUUCUAUUCCACUUCCUAUAUGUCAGGGCAAAGUGUAGAGUUGUGCUGACUGCACUUUAUUUGGCCGGUUAACAAGACAAACAGAGCAGCCGACCAAUCCUGCUCCAGGGAACCAAGCAGGUCGCCGUCCACCCAGUCUCCUCCCACACCCCCUGACACAAUGUGAGAAAGUUCAAACUCUGCAUGUUGUAGUGGGAAGCCGCCUCCUGUUAGACGCACACUUGACUCUGAGACGAACGCACCCAGCCGCCCGCCGCAGUCAUGUCACAGAGCCAAGCGGCGCUCACACGGACCCCCCUGGAGAAGACCUGGGUUCCCUGGAUGAGAGACCGACUGAGCAGACGCAGAGGCUCUUCGGUUCCCCAGUUCACCAAUUCCCCGACCCUCAUAGUGAUGGUUGGGCUGCCGGCUCGGGGCAAAACCUACAUAUCUAAGAAGCUCACCAGGUACCUCAACUGGAUCGGGGUCUCGACUAAAGUGUUUAAUGUGGGGCAGUACAGAAGAGAGGCCACUCGCUCCUACAACAGCUACGAAUUCUUUAAACCCGACAACGCAGAGGCCAUGAAGAUACGCAACGCCUGUGUGAACACGGCCCUGAAGGACGUGUGUGACUACCUGACCAGAGACCAGGGCCAGGUCGCUGUUUUUGAUGCCACCAACACCACGUCAGAGCGCAGAGAGGUCAUCCUCAGCUUUGGCAAAGAAAAUGGUUACAAAGUGUUCUUUGUUGAGUCAAUAUGUGACGAUCCUCAAAUCAUUGCUGAGAAUAUCAAACAAGUGAAGCUGACGAGCCCAGACUACGUGGACUGUGACAAAGAAGAAGCUGUUGCGGACUUCCUCAAGAGGAUUGAGUGUUACAAAAUGACCUACGUCCCCCUGGAUGACACCAAGGACAGGAGUUUAUCUUACAUUAAAAUCUUUAACGUGGGCAGCAGAUACCUGGUGAACCGGGUCCAGGACCACAUCCAGAGCAGGAUAGUCUACUACCUCAUGAACAUCCACGUCACACCGAGGUCCAUCUACUUGUCUCGCCACGGGGAGAGCGAACUCAACCUGGUGGGUCGCAUCGGGGGAGACUCCGGGCUUUCCCAUCGGGGGGCCAAGUUUGCCAGUGCUUUGGGUGCGUACAUGCGUGGGCAGUGCAUCAGCGACCUGAAGGUGUGGACGAGCCACAUGAAGAGGACCAUCCAGACUGCAGAGGCCCUGGGAGUCCAGUACGAGCAGUGGAAAGCCCUCAAUGAGAUAGAUGCUGGAGUUUGUGAGGAGAUGACAUAUGAAGAAAUCCAGGACCAUUACCCUGAGGAGUUCGCACUGAGGGACCAGGACAAGUACCGAUACCGCUACCCGAAGGGAGAGUCGUACGAGGACCUGGUCCAGCGCCUGGAGCCGGUCAUCAUGGAGCUGGAGAGGCAGGAGAACGUUUUGGUCAUCUGUCACCAGGCCGUCAUGAGAUGUCUGCUGGCUUACUUCCUGGACAAGAGCGCAGGCGAGCUGCCCUACCUGAAGUGUCCCCUCCACACCGUCCUGAAGCUCACCCCGGUCGCCUACGGGUGUAAAGUUGAGUCGGUCUUUCUCAACAUCGAAGCUGUGAACACGCACAGAGACCGUCCGGAGAACGUGGACGUGGACAGAGACCCGGAGGAGGCGCUGGAGACGGUUCCUGAGCACAUCUAGAGGAGAACGCGCCUCAGCCUCCGUUCUUUCCAGACAACAUAUCUUGUUUUUAAUUUAAGUAAUUCAUAUUUUUUAUGGAAAUCUGAAAGCUUAAUGACAAUGAAUGGUUUCCUUAAUGGCAGCCAUCUUGAUUCCAUUGUUAGUGCACUUUAUAUGUAGCGGGUUGGGCCGGUCUGUGACCCAAACUGUUUUAAAUGUGAAAAACGGACUGAAUGACCUGCAUUGGCUGUUCAACAGCCAUUAAUCUCUGUUUUCCACUUGUUGUAUCGACUGUUGUGAUUUCGUUUAGACAGCAAUAAGAGUCGAGCCGGGCCCCUGCGUCGCGUCUACACUGCAAAAACGGAACUAAAAAUAAGUAAAAUUUUCUUAAAAUUAGUGUAUCUGUCCUUGAUUGAUUUGAGCAGGUAAAUAAGAUGAUCUGCCAAUAGAAUAAGAUUUUUGCACUUAAAAUAGUAACAAUUCAUCACCAUCAUCUUAUUUCAAGUGCAGGAUGUCUAAUUAUCUUGAUUCAGGGAUCAAAAUACCAAAUGACCAUAUUUUCCUGCUCAGAUCAAGGACAAAAACACUAUGUUUAAGAACAUUUUGCUUAUUUUUAGAUCCAUUUUCACAGUGUAGCUGUGUCAGUCCUAGAUUUAGAUGGAGGAAGGGAUGUUCUGAAACUGUUCCGAGAUCAAACUGUCCAACGAAGCCUGAGGUUUUCGCUUCGGUUCGAGCAGCUUGUAGGUGUUGCCCCGCUGCCACGCGCCUGACCUUAAGGAACGGGUCGCUUCCGCAGCACCUUAAGGAACAUGCAGAGGUGCUGCCGGGGCGCUCGUGUCCAGUCCUGAAGAGCUGCGACAGCUGCAUCCGUCCUCCAACACGUCUGAAUCAAAAGGCUUUGUUUCCGUCGCCAGCACAGCGUUCAGCUCUGCAGAGGCCGUAUAUUCCUCCAGGACCGGACUUUGGCGCCCCUGAGGUAAAAUGCAAUCGCUUGGACCCGCUGGCCGGAGCAGAGGCGCGUGUAAAACAUGAGGGACGAUGGCCCACGAGGACCUGGCUGUGACACGAGGAGGAUAGGGAAGAUGACGAAUCGGGGAUUCAUCCAUCUGUCUGGCAUGGCGGGGGUCUGUCGUCUCGCAGCUGGGUCGUCAGGGCUUCAAAUCCUAAAACCUGCAUGUUUGCCUCUGUGUUGGUACGCUGCAAAAACGGAUCUAAAACUAAGUAAAAUGUUCUUAAAAUGUGUGUUUUUGUCCAAGAUUUGAGCAGGUGAAUAAUCUUGUCUGCCAAUGGAAUGAAUAU